AUGGAUGGUUUGCUGCACACUGAAAACAGUAAAAUAGACGAUGGUUCUGAUGAAAGUGAGUGGAAGCAGACGGACAAGGAGGCGGAAGAGAAUUCCAAGGUCUACUUUGUUUUCUCGGCGGAGUGGAUGGCUGUAGUUAGCGAAGGCCAAAAGAUCUACCUUGCCGCGUUUGCAUCAUUUUAUGUCUUUAGUCUAUUAGUAUUCUGUUAUUGUAUCCUCCAAGAUUCAACCAUGGUUCAUAGCUUGAAGCUGAAGGCUUUUCUUAACACACGACCAGAUGACCCCAUAUUGCAGAAAGUCAAUUUUGAGGCCAAGGUUAUUUUCAGGACAGGUAACUGGUAUACAAUACAAGAGACCAUUGUCAACCCGACCAGGGGUAUCGGUGGCUACCGGAAGAGUUACCCGCUCAUUCGCGACAAGCUCCAUAGUGCCAGAAGCAUGUACAAGCGCUGCCUCACCACGAAUUUCCGCACCUCUCCCAUCCUCGACAUGGCCAACCUCUUCCUCGUGGUGGGCAGCGUCAUUUAUGUGUUCGCGGGGCCUUUGGUUAUCCUCUCUCGCGGUGCCUUUUAUCAAUGUUCGAUGCUGGGCUCAGUUUUCCUCGGAGCCUGUUUUCUCUUAAACAAAGCAGCAUCGGGAUUCCUAUUCGACUGUCUCUUGAAUACACAGUCCAUCCAAGUCGACAACCAUGGAGGGUACAAGGAGAAGCUCUACAAUAUGACCCUGUUCGAGGCCGAGUCCCUCAUGGAAAAGGCGACUACGUCGGGUUUGGGGGUGCUUGUUGCUCUGCUCGGAUUCCUUCCACUGGCCAUUAUGGGUUGCUUGGGGAUAAAACUUCUUGGGAGGCCAGUGUAA